AUGCGCCGCUUUUUUCUAGCAGUGACGGCCCACCAUGCGACGGCCCCUCGUUUGGCACGAUUUGUUCACACGCGCGGUGAUUUGCGCAACAUUGCGGUCAUUGCACACGUGGACCAUGGCAAGACCACACUGGUGGACAGCAUGCUAAAGCAAUCGGGAACGCUUGCAGAGGCCCGAAACCGCGUGAUGGACAGCAAGGACCAGGAGAGGGAGCGCGGCAUCACGAUUCUUGCGAAGAACACCGCCAUCUUGCUCCCCACAAAGUCUGGCGAGCCGCGGCGGCGCAUUAACAUCGUUGACACCCCGGGUCACUUGGACUUCUCGGGUGAGGUGGAGCGUGCGCUACAAAUGGUGGAGGGUAUCAUUCUUCUUGUCGACGCUAAGGAAGGUGUGCGCCCUGGCACACGCUAUGUGCUUCGUAAGGCGCUUAAUCUAAACCUCAAGCCGAUUGUCUGCCUCAAUAAGAUUGACAAGGAUGACACUUGCAUUAAAAAAACAGAGGAUGCCAUUCAAGACCUUUUCUUGGAAACGGCAGUGAACGAUGACCAACUGGAGAUUGCUUUCAUGUUCGGAUCAGGUCGCGACGGGUACAUGAAUGAACAGCCGAAAAAGGAAGGCACCCUUGAUCCUCUGUUUGACAAGAUAUUCAGCGUUAUCCCCGCGCCAGAGGCCACGGAGGAAGGAAAGCUGCAGAUGCUUGUGGCGCAAGUUGACGUCAAGGAGUCUACGGGGCAUAAAAUUGCUAUUGGUAGAAUUUUCAAGGGUUCUGUCGCGGUCGGCGACAUCGUCACCGUCGCCCUAGAGGGCAAGGAGGUGGAUGCUCUGGUUAAGGGUAUUCAGCUUUUCGUUGGAGUUGAAAAGGUCGAUGUUCAAAGUGCAUCAUACGGAGAUAUAUGUAUCUUGACAUUACAGGAACCCAUUGGACAGAAGGUUCCAGUAAAGAUCGGGUGUACCGUGUGCCACCAGGGUGUGGUUGACAAGUUCCCGUAUCGCAAGCCAGACGAGCCCACCUACAGUCUCGUGCUUCAAGCCAGUGGGGCCGGAUGGCGGAAAAAAGAAGCACCCGAAAAUCUGGGCACCAUCACUGCUUUGCAGAAGCGUCUGGAGCGUGAGGCGAUGAUUAAUACCGCACUGCAGCUCUCUGGUCUGGGCACAGAGCACAUCACGAUGAUGGGGCGCGGUCCACUUCAUCUUUCUGUAAUUGUGGAAGAUAUGCGGCGAGAAGGGCAUGAAUUCGAGGUCCAGGCGCCUCGCGUGAUGACGAAAACCAUCGAUGGUGAGGUAUGUGAGCCGUAUGAGCGUAUCCACCUUGAGUUCCGUGAUGAACUUGUUUCCGAUAUGGUUUCCUUUCUGAGUAGCAAAAUGGGCGAAAUUGGUGAGAUCACGCAGUUGUCGAAUGGGCGUGUCCUCUUGGAUUGUGUCAUGCCCGUUCGCUUCAUGUCGCAGGUGCCACUGCGCUUCCACACGCUCACCUCUGGCGACGGUGUACUGAACCACAACUUCGAGAUGUACCGGCCAAUGUCAAGCGUUGACACGGCGCGUGAAACGGGCGCGCUCAUCUCUGUCGAGAACGGCGAGGCCACCGAUUGGUCACUCGCUGGCCAGGCGCACCAGGGCCGCUUCUUCGUCGUGCCUGGCGACACCGUCUACUACGGGCAGAUUGUGGGGGAGAACAGCAAGACGUUGUUCCAGAACCUCGGCAUUAACAUUUGCAAGCGCAACGAGCAGCUCGGUGGGCUUCGGUCGAACGCAAACGACAAGUCGAGCAGGCGACGCAGCUCGUACGUGGCGGCCCGCGCCACGUUUGAGGAUUGCAUCGCGUGGGUGACGGACGAUGAGCUUGUUACGGUCACGCCGAAGUCCAUUCGCAUGCGCCAACCGGGUUUCAACGGAAAAACUACGAUGCGGAGCGCUUCUAAGAAGAAGUAG